AUGGCGGCUGCCAUCCUCUCGAUCCUGCUUUCGAGCUCGAGUCUGCUGAGGACUGUCGAGGCUCAGGCUUAUGAUGCAGCUGCUCGUGCCGACGACGCCUUUUCCUAUAUUCAGCCGUUGAACACCACAAUCUUGACUGAAUAUGGGUCGUCGCCGCCGGUUUACCCUUCACCACAUGCUACCGGUAGUGGAGGCUGGGAAGCAGCUCUAGAGAAGGCUAAAGCAUGGACUGCGCAGCUCACCAUCGAAGAGAAGGCGGAUAUGGUCACUGGACAAGCUGGUCCCUGUAUUGGUAACAUUGUUGCGAUCCCCCGUCUUGGCUUCAGUGGACUCUGUCUGCAAGACGGCCCACUGGCAAUCCGUGUCGCAGACUACGCCAGCGUCUUCUCCGCUGGUGUAUCCGCUGGUGCUACGUGGGACAAGCAGCUUUUGUACGAGCGAGGUUACGCAAUGGGUGAAGAAUUCCGGGCAAAGGGCGCACACGUUGCCCUCACUCCAGUCGCCGGCCCGCUUGGGCGUUCUGGCUACGCAGGCCGUAACUGGGAGGGAUUCAGCUCGGAUCCUUACCUCAGUGGUGUUGCCAUGUUCCAGACCAUCAUUGGUCACCAGGACGCAGGUGUCCAGGCCACGGCGAAACAUUGGAUCGGCAACGAGCAGGAGACGCAGCGCAACCCCGUCUACGACCCUAAUGUGACUACCAUCAAGACCUCCAACGCUGUCUCAUCCAACAUCGAUGACCGCACCAUGCAUGAGCUCUACAUGUGGCCUUUUGCAAACGCUGUCAAGGCCAGGGCUGCAAGCUUCAUGUGCGCUUACCAGCGUAUUAACGGGUCCUACGGCUGCCAGAACUCGGCGGCCCUGAACGGUCUCUUGAAGACGGAACUUGGCUUCCAGGGCUACGUCAUGUCGGAUUGGGGCGCCACUCACACUGGUGUAGCAGCCAUUGAAGCCGGGUUGGACAUGAACAUGCCUGGAGGACUGGGUCCCUAUGGUCUAAACUUUGGUACUCCAUCGUUCUUUGGUGGAAACGUUACCCUUGCAGCCAACAAUGGCAGUCUCGACAUGUCUCGCAUCGACGACAUGGUCAUCCGCAUCAUGACGCCUUACUUCCAGCUCGGCCAGGACCAGAAUUUCCCCAGCGUGGAUCCAAGCACCGCUGAUUUGAACCCCUUCUCCCCCCGCAACACAUGGACUCGCGAGUUCAACCUGACGGGAGAAGUCAGCCGCGACGUCCGUGGGAACCAUGCCGAGCUCAUCCGCAGACACGGUGCCGCUGGCAGUGUUCUCCUGAAGAAUGUAAACAAUGCUUUGCCCCUGAAGAAGCCCAAGAACGUCGCCGUCUUCGGAAACGAUGCCAGCGAGCCAACUCAAAGCAGUGUUAUCAACCAAGGUGACUACGAAUAUGGCACCAUUGUUGCAGGCGGUGGCUCAGGAACCGGGCAGCUCUCCUAUCUCGUCAGUCCUCUUCGUGCCAUUCAAGACCGCGUCCACGAAGACGGCGGCAUAGUUCAGUUCUGGCUGAACAACACGCUCAUCGCGGGCUCCAACAUCAGCAACCUCCUCAUCCCCCGCCGCCAGCCAGACGUCUGCCUCGUGAUGCUCAAGGUAUGGGCCGAAGAGGCCGCUGACCGCGCCCAUCUCAACGCCGACUGGGACGGCGACGGUGUCGUCGAAUCCGUAGCCUCGUACUGCAACAACACCGUUGUCAUCACCCACGCCGCCGGCAUCCAAACCAUGUCCUGGGCCGACCACCCCAACGUCACCGCCAUCCUCGCCGCCCACUUCCCCGGCCAAGAGAGCGGAAACUCACUAACUGACAUUCUCUACGGCCACGUCAAUCCCUCGGGCCACCUCCCCUACACCAUCGCCCUCAACAGCUCCGACUACAACGCCCCGCCCACCACAGCCAUCAACACCACCGGCUUCGACGACUGGCAAAGCAACUUUGACGAGAAACUCGAAAUCGACUACCGCUACUUUGACAUGCAAAACCUCUCCGUCCGCUACGAAUUCGGCUUCGGUCUCUCCUACACCACCUUCUCUAUUGCUGAUAUCCAAUCCUCCCCACUCGAAUCAAACAUUCCUUCCCUACCUGAAUCCCGCCCCAUCGAACCAGGCGGCAACCCGGCCCUCUGGGAACCCCUCUACAACGUCUCGGUAUCCGUGGAAAACACGGGUCCGGUGGCCGGCCACGUCGUUCCGCAGCUGUACGUCGGCUUGCCGGCUUCGGCGCCAGAGGGUACCCCCGUGCGCCAGUUGCGCGGCUUCGAAAAGGUGUAUCUUGAGCCUGGCGAGACGCAGAGCGUUGCGUUUGAGCUGCUGCGCAGGGAUCUGAGCUAUUGGGAUGUUGUGCGUCAGGAGUGGGUUAUCCCCGAGGGAGAGUUUACAGUGUGGGUUGGGUUGAGUAGUCGUGAUUUGAAGGUGCAGGAUCGGUUUAGUGUUGUUGGGUUUUUCGCUUUUGAUGGAUUUAUCAUCCAGCGCUGUGGAUUGUGA